CUGGGUCCGGUCUCUUCGUGGCACAAACACACCUCGUCGUCGUGGUGGUCGCUGCGGCUGCUUUCGUUUGGUUUGAUUCGUUCGUUCAUUCAUUCGUGUAGUAGACUUGGUACCGUGUGGAUGCGUCUCGUCGUCGUCCGUGUUGGUCCGUGAUUGUUUUUCGGGGGUCCGGUUUUCUCGCGACAUUUAAAAACUUGCAUUUGACCGCGUUCGUCAUCAUCGGAAAUUUUCGGUGGUCCUAACCGUUUCGGUGUUCACGUGCAGUAAGUGUGAUUGGUUCUCAUUUGGUUUUAUUAGUUUUAUUUUUAUUAGAUCUCAUCCGGAGAGUGUGAGAUCACGCACAGUGUGUGGUGUCGUGACGAGCCGAGUGGGUUCGUUCGGUGUGUUGUUUAUAGAAGAAUAGUGUUGGAUUUAUACCUACUGCUUUCUUCGGAUAGAUUCGAACAAGGUACGACGGAUACGGAGAAGAACAAGAAGCAAGUGUGUUGCUGCAGUCUCGGAGCACAAAGUCAAAGUCGAAGUCCGAGAGAGUGUUGUUAGUAGGUGGCAAAAAGGAAGAAGCCGGGGAGAGAAGAACGAAAACAUCUCGACGAAGACGGGGGCCACGCCAAAGACGAAAGGUCUCCUUCCUCCAACAAAAUCGUGGUGUGGUCACUCCGCCUGGUCCAAUCUGAGCCGUCCAUCCUCCGGGGGCGACUCCGCUCUGCUCAUCCAUUAUCAGCGGUGUGUGCAAAAAUCCACUGCAACACAAAAGUGCUCCGAAAAUUUACCAUCGCAAGUCGCACUAGUCGCGCAAGUGCGUGUGCGCGCCAGCGCGCCGUGGGGAAUCAAACCAAACGAAACAAACGAAACAGCGAAAAAAAGUGCAAUUUGUCGUUUUGAUCGAUGUGACAGGAAUAAGCGAUGACCAAAAGCGACACGAGGUUUAUUAGCUCUUGAUUGCGAGUAGUGGCGGCGGCGGCAACUUCGAAACACAAAAUCCGAAAAAAAAAAUGCCCGUUUCUGUGUGAACGUUGUUGGUUGCUGUUACUGUUGUCAUCGCUGGUCGUCGCUCGUCGGUUUUCCGAAAAAGUGAAAGACCGCGCGCGGCUCACGCUUUCACUGUCCAUUUUUGGUCGAUCGGUUCGCGCGGUGCAGUGUGAAGCGGGUUUUGGGCUUACGACGAUAAUAUUCUGCCUCCCUGGCCGAUUGGCCGACAUUGGGGUGUUUGAGUUUUGCCGUCGCCGUGUGACAGGUUGCUGUUUUCCGGUCCGGGCCAGUCUCGAGAGACCGAGACCGUGUGUUGACGUAAUAUCCACAUCUACAGCAUAAUAGGAAGAAAGAAAGGAAGAAUAAGAAGAUCCUGUAUCGAAAAAAAAAAGUGAUUGAAGAUCGCACACCCGCGGGUGUAAUUCUACAUAUUGUGCAAAAACCCACCGUAGGCCUCCCCCCUAAAGUCACCCGUGUAAGUGUGUUGAAUGUGAUCGGCACGGGGCACCGGGAUUCAUUGCCAACGUACGCCGUCGUACAAAAUGGGUUUUUCGUCGGCGCUGCAGGGGCGGGCAGCGCACGAAGCGCUGCUCAACCGCCAGGAAGCCGAGCUCAAACUGCUGGACACGAUGAAACGCUGCAUGAUCCAGAAGAGCAAGUGCGACAAAGAGUACGCCGCAUCGCUGGUAGCCGUCACGCAGCAGGGCCUCAAGAUCGACCGGACCGACGAUCUGCAGGGCAGCCACAUCACCCGCGCCUGGCGGUCCUUCAUGGAGGAGCUGGAGCACACGGCCAAGCAGAUCAAAUCGAACGCCGAACAGCUGGAGUCCGUUUGCCUGGACAAGCUGGCGCACCUGUACCAGGACAAACGCCGGGUGCGCAAGCAGUACCAGGAGGAGCACACCAAGAUUGCCACCAAGUUUAGCCAUAUGACGGAGGACGUUGCGCGGAAGAAAAGCGAAUACCAGAAGCACCUGGAGUACUACAAGAUGCUGCGGGGGCGAUUCGAGGAGAUCAUCAAAUCGGGUCGAUCCGGUCGCAAACUUGACGACGUCAUCGACAAAUACCAGAAAGCCUGCCGGAAACUGCACCUAGCGCACAACGAGUACGUCCUACUGCUAAGCGAAGCGGCCGAAAUCGAAAAGGACAUUCGCACCAUUCUCAUGCCAGGACUGCUCGAGCACCAACAGUCCCAACAGGAGGCGUUCAUUCUGACGUGGCGUAACCUCCUGCAAGAUAUGUCCAAACUGGGCGACACCACGUCCGAUAAGUUCAGCGAAAUCCAGCAGCGGAUAGAGACGAAUAUCAGCAGUAUCAGCCCCGCCGAGGAGUACCGGGAGUUUACCGAGAAGCACAAAACCACCCCGACGGCCCCGGUCGUGUUCCAGUUCGACGAAUCGCUCAUCGAGGACAGCCUGGGCAAGCUGCAGGCCAACACCCUGACGGUGGACAACCUGACGGUGGAUUGGCUCAAAUCGCGCCAGACGGAGCUCGAGGGCGCCAUCAAGGAUCUCCAGGAGACGCAGGGAAAGUUGUGCCAGGAGCAGCAGCAAAAUGGGGGGAGCGCGGCGACUGCGACCGCAGUCAACGGAGGCACCAAACCGUCGACGCCGAUCCUGAACGGAUCGAACGGAACUAGCGUUAAGGAUAGUAGUAAUAAGAAUUCCAAGGAACUGAUAGCACUGCGAUGCCAAGAACGACAGAUGCAGAAACAGGUGGAGAUGAUUCGGGCCGCCCUGAAUGACGUGGGCUGCGAAGAGCUGCCAUCCGGAUGCGAUGACCUGUCCACCAUGGAGCAUCUGAUCGAGAACAAAAAAUCCGUUAGCCAAGACCUGUCGGAGGACUCACACAACACCUCGACGACGCCGUUCUUCUCCGGGAAGGGCGGCGCGGCCAGCGGGGUAAUGUCACUGCUUAGGGACCAAUUUCGACGCAAAUCGGCCGGCCCUAUUGCCGCCGGUGCCAACUCCUUACUCAACGUAAAAGAUUCACCCGCGUCGACGCCCCGCCCAGGUCAAAAGUUUAUGUCCUCGCUGCUCCGGAAUGGCGGCGGGGGCGGCGGAGCUGCGGCAACAACGACGACGAAUGACACCGCCGCAAUUGGGUCAUCAACGGUAAAUGAGUGUGAGCACCCCCCGUUGAGUGAAGAGAAUGUGUACGUUGAGCCUGUUGAGUUGAUCCGAGUUGACGUUGACGCUAACACUAACAACCGUCCGGAGCCGGAGUAUCCGGAAAACCGGCUGUCCACUAACACCUAUGUCGAUAUGGAAGCUAACCUGCUGCAGGCCGAGCCGGCCAAUACUAACGAGGACCACGUGGUGCUUAGAAUGCUCAGCUCGGAAGACGGGCUCGCAAACUACAAGCGUCUAAAAGGAAGCGAGGAAAGUGAGGUUAUGUUGCUGAACUCGUUGAACUCGCCGGAGAAUCAAUCCACAUCGGAUGAACUGUUCGCCAACGAUAUGAACGAUUCGAAGAACAACCUACUGCAGGAGGAACCAUACGAGGUCCCGCGAGGGAUGCUCAACUCUUCGAUAGAUGCCCAUUUGGACAGCAUAGACGAGCUGAACUCCAAGCUCGAUCAGAAGCUGUUUUCGAAGGCAUCGGAGCAGCACGAUUAUUACAACGUUCCGGCGAAAGGGGAGGAGCCUAACCACUUGGUGGUUGCGAGGAUUGAGAAAGGUCCGGAGAAGGCCAGUUUCCGUGAUAAAAUAAAGCGAAAAAUCAAAAUCAAGAGUGCAUCGUCCGAGCAGGACCGGGACCAAAAGUUGGACGAAUUGGAUGAACCGGGGAAUAGCUUUGCCGAUCGAUUGCGCAGCAAGGUAUCCAAUCUGAAAAAGAACGAUAACGACCAAUUUAAGUUGAUGAAGAAUGAAAGCGGAUCGGCGGAAGUCCCACGGGAGGGGGACGACCGGAAGCCAAAGAAAAAGAAGAAGAAGCGCAACAAGAAUCGUAAUCAAACAUUCUCGGAGGAUGAACUGCUCGGAGGGGAAGACGGAGACGAGUCCAAAUUGAACGAAUCGAGUCGUCCAAUCCCGUCUGGAGAAGGUGGAACUGCAUCGGAUGACAAAAUGACCUCCUUUUCUAGUUCGGUCAUGUCCACCUUUCGGGAGAUAAUGCACUCCACCAACAAGGUAAAGGAUUCCUCCAUAAACAUGGCUCUGCGCCAACAAACCGGUCGGGAAGAGAAGAUGGAUCUAAUUAACAACGGCAAGGACGCCGCCGGUAAUCGACUAACGGCGAUAAAAUUCAUUUUCUCCGACAACCGUCAACAUACGGAUUCUUCCGGUUCCACUCCGACCACCCCAGAACAUCUCAUUGCCGUCCACUCACCGCCAGACGAUGAAACGACCGACUCGCAUUACUCCCUUCCCACGUGCCAUGCGACGAACGAAAGCACCGAAUUUCCCGCCAACUUUGAUGGCAGCGUCAAAGGAGGCGCAACAGAGUUCAGCUCCACCCCUUCCAACCACCCAUCCAAGAUUUCCUCCCUCCAGAAUCUGAAAAACCGCUUCAACAAACUGCACCAGAAAAUGCCCAAACUGCUGUUGCAUGGCAACAGCAGCGCGACACCCACAGCCUCCUCGGAUGCUCGAAGCUCGAAACUAUGCCGGGCAUGUAGUCGACGCUUCCGGCAGCUCCAUCCGAGCAAAACGGUGCUGGAUUUCACCAAAGAGUACCCCAGUGGGACGGGUCGGUUCUGUCGAAGCCACGGGGGCGAUUACGACGGCGAAACCGAUCCGGAACAGGAGGAGGAUGGUGCAGACGAUUGGGGUACUUCCGAGAUGCUUAAUCUCGAUUAUGAGGAUAUUGACGUUAUAACCAUUAAGGCCCAUAACUAUGCAACAACUAACCCCGCUACUACCAUUGCUACUACUGAUCCUGCUGCUGCUGUUGGUGUUGCUAAUACCAGGGAAGUGCUUGAGGAUAAUGGUGUUCAUGAUGAUGAUGAUAAUGGCGAUGGUAUGACCCUAUCCACGAACCGACCGCUCUACGAAGAGGAAUGGUUCCACGGGGUCCUACCACGCGAGGAAGUGGUCCGAUUGCUGCGCAACGAAGGCGACUUCCUGGUGCGGGAAACGACCCGCAACGACGAGAGCCAAACCGUGCUCAGUGUCUGCUGGAACGGACACAAGCACUUCAUAGUGCAGACCACGGCCGAGGGUCACUACCGCUUCGAGGGCCCGGCAUUUCCCAGUAUACAGGAGUUGAUCCUGCACCAGUACCAGUCGGAGCUGCCCGUUACGGGACGUUCCGGGGCGGUCCUCCGCAAGCCAGUAUUAAGGGAACGGUGGGAGCUCAGCAACGACGAUGUGAUACUGCUAGAUAAGAUCGGAAGGGGCAACUUCGGCGACGUGUACAAGGCGAAGCUGAAAUCCUCCAAGAACACGCUGGUGGCGGUGAAAACUUGCCGGAUGACACUGCCGGAAGAACAGAAGCGGAAGUUCCUGCAGGAGGGACGCAUUCUCAAGCAGUACGACCAUCCGAACAUCGUCAAACUCAUUGGGAUCUGCGUGCAGAAGCAACCCAUUAUGAUCGUGAUGGAGCUGGUCUCGGGGGGAUCGUUGCUGAUGUUUUUGAGGAAGAAUGCGGCGACCAUGACGCAGAAGCAGCUGAUGGCCAUGUGCCGCGAUGCGGCGGCAGGUAUGCGUUACCUAGAAUCAAAGAACUGCAUCCACCGGGACCUGGCGGCCCGUAACUGCCUGAUCGGCAACGAAAACAUCGUCAAAAUCUCCGACUUCGGAAUGUCCCGCGAGGAGGAAGAAUACAUCGUGUCCGGCGGCAUGAAGCAGAUCCCGAUCAAGUGGACCGCCCCGGAGGCGCUCAACUUCGGCAAGUACACCUCCCUGUGCGACGUGUGGUCCUACGGCAUCCUGGUGUGGGAGAUCUUCAGCCGGGGCGACACGCCCUACUCCGGGCUCAGCAAUUCCCGCGCCCGGGAGCGUAUCGACGAAGGCUACCGGAUGCCCGCGCCGGAGAACACCCCGCCGGAGAUGUACCGGUUGAUGCUCAAAUGUUGGUCGUACGAACCGGAGAACCGGCCCCACUUUGACGAGAUCUUCACCGUGGUCGAUGCCCUGAUGUUGUGUGCCAAGGACUAGCGAAGGAUGAUGGAUCCAGCGGUGGUGGCGGCGGCGGUGGCAGCUCAGCAGCAGCGGUCCAAACAACGAUGUCUUUCUUGCAGCAGGACCAACUCCAAGCCGCAGCCGGGGUCCUCCGCCGGGAAACCGCGACGGAAGGUGUACUUUUGCUCAUCGGUGGCCAUGGCGGUCGCGGCCAAGGCUUGAUGGUUCCCGUUGUUUUAAUUUAUUUCUGUAUAAUUUCUCUUCUAGUUUAGAAAGUUAGUUUAUGAGUUGCUGCUUUUACUCGCGGGACAACGAAAAAUGUGCACAAGAGACAAGGAAUUAUAGACGAACGAGUCGAAAUCGGCGAGAUUUGUUUUAGUCGUUAAGUGAAGAGUUACGUUAGGAUCAAGUUUAGGUGUCGUUUACAGAGAGAUUGAAUGACUGCGCUGAAUGUGGCCAAAAAAGCUGAGGAAUUCCCAGGCAAAACCGAGGAAGUGAUUGUUAGUUAGUGAUAGUGAUGGUCGACGGUUGAGUUGAUAUACUGCGAAGAAGGAAACAUGUUUUGUGAUGUGACAAGAUUUUAUCGAAUUAGUUGAGGCGUUUAGCUUGUUAAGCAGUUUAUAUCUGAAUUUAUCUAGAAGUACAUAUAUCAUAGAAGACGGAUUUCUGGCUAAGUCGUCUGCGGAGUUGACAGUAUCAUCUAUGAAUACAACGAGACUUCGUUGGUGUGGGUUCACAGCACUUUCUCACUGCACUUCUCCACGAAUUUCAAAAUGCACUAGGCUCUCAACUUAGAAUAUAUGGUCUUACGUCUUCUUUAUUUCCAAUCGUUCAUUUAACGAGAUUCGAAUAAAACUAAACCAAUAUCUAAAGACUUCACAACUAUAACAAGUAACAGAGAACAAGUUACUUUAUCGAUGCAUAGCUUGCUUGCCCUGAAACAACUAAUCGGCCAUUUUCCGUAGAAAUUCCAUUGUUGACAUCGUGUCAUAUAGAGAAUGAGUUGCCACAACUAUAUGCCCUACUUUAUGUUUCGUCGGUAGCCCCACCAAUUAAUAAUAUUAAAUUCUCGCACAGAAAUAGAUACUUUUAUAAACUUUUUUUAAAUCUAUUUAUUUUGAUCAAAACCUCAAUUAAUAUUUCAACGCUAAAACACUAAAAUGAUUAACAAAGUUUCGUUGCAUUCUAAGGAAGUUCUGUCAACCAUUAGAUAGUUUAGCACCAAAUCCCUCAAAAAUUACUCAAGAAAGAGCAUCACAUACAUACACACACACGCAUACACCCAUAAACGCUUAAAUGCUAUAGGAAAUGAACGCGCAAGAAUGGCUUCGUUGUAAGUUUUUGUAUGCCAGGCUUAUUUGAAAUCUAGGAAAUUAUUUUACAAUACCAACAUUCAAACACUCUAAAACAGGCGAAUCAAUUCUCAUAAAAAAUGCUAUUAGAACAAAAACAAAGGUUUCUCCGAACCGGUCCACCUCACCCCUCGGGUGGUGAGAGCGUUCCAUUUUUCUCCUCCAACGUGAAUGCAUUUCUGCCAUCUAUAUCUUCUAAUUAAAGCUCGCAAUCUACAGGAGGAAAAUCGAAGUUCGCCCACCCCCUUUUUCGGGGUGAUGGAUCGGGGAGUAUGUAUUCAACGGUUUACAUGCACGUAACACACGUGAACGAAUGAAAAAAAACAACAUAUUUAAACGUAAUACUCUCUAUCCUCUUAUACAUCAGACAACACUUUUAGACAUUUGACUGCUACUUAUAUACUGCUAUAAUACAACAACAGCAAAAAAAAAAGUAAGUUAAUUGCAGUUUUUGGGAAUCGUUGCAAGCGAGUAUCCUAAUACACGGAAAAUCAAAAUACAACUGUAAUAUUUACAUAUUCUAAUAUUAAAUAUUACGCUAAAAUAUUUUAUAAAAAAAAA